CCCCAAAUUCUUACUCACAACACAACAAACAAGCAAAACAAUGAAAGCAAAACCAAUUCCGAAACAUCACAUAACCACCACCACCACCACCACAUAUUCCUCCCCAUAACCCAAAUUCAAGACAUCUCAAAUUUCAACCCCCAAUUCUUAAAAACUCUGCAAUUUCAACCCCCCAAAAAUUUCAUCUUUCACCACUUCCCACUUCCGCCAAAUUUCACUCCACAAAUCCACCACACACAACACUACAAACAAAACAAUGAAAGCAAAAACAAAAACCAAACCCCCUCUCUCUCUCUCUCUCUCUCUCCUCCACCACCACCACCCCACUUCCUCCCCAUAACCACCACACCCCACCAAUGACCACCAUCAAAUUCAAACCCAUCAUCACCACCACCAUCCUCACCCUCUUCUUCUUCUUCGUCUUCUUCAAUCCCGUCAAUUCCACACAAUCCGAUCCAGACACAACAGACUGCGAAAACCGUUGGAUCCACAUCCGCAACCUCCCUCCUCAAUUCAACCUCGACCUCCUUUCCAACUGCUCCUCCUUCCCUCUCUUCGAUGACUUCUGCCCUUACCUCUCCAACCACGGCCUCGGCCACAAAACCCACAACCGCACUCUCAGCUGGUACCGCACCGACCCCCUCCUCCUCGAACUCAUCUUCCACCGCCGCAUCCUCGAAUACCCAUGUCUCACCUCCGACCCCUCCGCCGCCUCCGCCGUCUUCCUCCCCUACUACGCCGCCAUCGACUCCCUCCGCUACCUCUACGGUCCCGAACUCAACAACAGCUUCCAACACGGCCUCAAUCUCUUCCAAUUCUUGAAGCAUCACGAUUCGCCUCAAAUCUGGGAUCGAAAUCAUGGCCACGACCAUUUCCUAGUCAUGGCCAGGCCUGCCUGGGAUUUCAGUCAACCGCUUUCGAACGAUCCACCCAUUUGGGGCACUUCCUUUUUGGAACUACCCGAGUUUUUCAAUGUCACUGCGUUGACACUGGAGUCCAGAGCUUGGCCUUGGCAAGAACAAGCCAUUCCUUACCCAACUUCGUUUCACCCACAAAACAAACCUCUUCUCGAUUCGUGGGUCGCCCGGGUCCGCCGUUCCCGGCGGAACAAUUUCAUGCUUUUCGCCGGCGGCGGAGGGAUACCCUCGUCGCCGAAUAUUCGCCGGAGUAUUCGCUUGGAAUGCGAUAACAGUAAUUCGAGCUUUUCGAAUGGUGGGUUUGCGAAAUUGUGUGAGUUUGUCGAUUGUUCUAAUGGGGUUUGUGAGAGAGACCCAAUUCGAUUCAUGAAGCCAAUGUUGCAAUCCAGCUUUUGUUUGCAGCCUCCUGGGGAUACUCCAACGAGGCGGUCGACUUUCGAUAGCAUUCUCGCCGGUUGUAUCCCAGUUUUCUUCGAAGAACAGUCCGCGAAAUCGCAGUAUAAUUGGCACUUGCCUGAAGAGGAAUUUGGGGAAUUUUCAGUGUUUAUACCCAAGGAAGAUGUGGUGUUUAAAGGGUUGAAGAUUGUGGAUGUGUUGAUGGGGAUUCCUAGAGUUGAAGUGAGGAGGAUGAGAGAGAAACUUAUGGAGUUGAUACCAAGGAUUGUGUAUAGAAAGCAUGGAAGUUCACUGGGAUUGAGGAGUGUGAAAGAUGCAUUUGAUGUUGCUAUUGAUGGGGUUUUGGAGAGGAUUAAAGCUAGGCUGCAAGAAGUUGCAGCUCAAUGAUAUGUCUCUAAUAGUUUUUCUUUUUCUUUUUUAUAUUUAUUAUUGUUUUUGUUUUGAUAAUUUUUAAUGUUAUUUAUUCUCCACAAAUGGUGUUGUGACAAUUUGAUGUUUUGUAUUCUCACUGACAAUAAUAAUUUGCAAUCAUGGGCAGCAGUUUUCCA